AUGGCAACACACUCCCACGACGGGUCAGCCCCGCACUCGCACUCACACGAUGGCGGCUUCAACGCCCAGGAACAUGGCCACACACACGAGAUCCUGAAUGGGCCAGGCUCGUACAUCGGGCGGGAGAUGCCCAUAACGGAAGGUCGGCAGUGGGCUUCGCGGGCCUUCACUGUGGGCAUCGGAGGGCCCGUGGGCUCAGGCAAGACGGCUCUAAUGCUGGCGCUGUGCAUGGCGUUGCGGUCUCGCUACAACAUCGCCGCCGUCACCAACGACAUCUUCACGCGGGAGGACGCCGAGUUCCUGACGCGCAACCGUGCCUUGCCCUCCGAGCGCAUCCGCGCCAUCGAGACGGGUGGCUGUCCCCACGCCGCCGUGCGCGAGGACAUCAGCGCCAACCUCGCCGCGCUCGAGGAUUUGCAUGCCGAGUUCAACACCGACCUGCUGCUCAUCGAGAGCGGCGGCGACAAUCUGGCAGCAAACUACAGCCGGGAGCUGGCAGAUUACAUCAUCUACGUCAUUGACGUGUCCGGUGGUGAUAAGAUCCCUCGCAAGGGCGGGCCCGGCAUCACCCAGAGCGACCUGCUGGUCGUCAACAAGACCGACCUCGCCGAGGCCGUGGGCGCCGACCUGGGUGUCAUGGAGCGGGACGCCAGGAAGAUGCGGGAGGGCGGGCCGACGGUAUUUGCCCAGGUCAAGAAGGAUGUUGGUGUGGACCAUAUCGUCAACCUGAUCCUCAGCGCAUGGCGGGCGAGUGGUGCCGAGGAGGUACAGAAGUCGCGCGGAGGCCCGACAGCGACCCCUGGCCUUGACGCUCUGAAAUGA